AUGUCUGACACCACCAACAACAACACCAAGCCCUCCACCCUCCAGUCCUACGUCGACUCUGCCACCGGCGCCGUCCAGAAUGCCAUUGGCAACCUGACGGGCAACACAGGCGACCAGGCCAAGGGCCAGACUCGCCAGGAAAAGGCCGAUGCUGAGUACAAUGCCUCUCAGGCGGCAGCCAAGCUCCCCGGAGGCACCAUCUCCAGCACGGGUGCCUUUGCCAAGGACGACCCCAACAGAACCGAGGGCUCGUGGAACCAGACCGUGGGUGCUGCUAAGGAGACGCUCGGUGGUCUCGUCGGCAACGAGUCUCUGAAGCAGUCCGGACGUGAGCAGAACCUCGAGGGCCAGCAGCAAGAAGCAAAGGGCCAGAUUCGCGACUACAGCCACGGAUUGGGCGACCGUGCCCAGGGCACCGUUGGUAGUGCCGUCGCGGGCCUUACGGGAGACAAGGAGGGCCAGAUCCACUACGAGCAGUUGCACGACAAGGGCAAGACACAGCAGCGUGGUGCCGAGGUCGACAUUCAGAAGCAGGCCGAGGCCAAAGAGGCCAACUACUAA